AUCAGGGCUGGAACUUGGUCUAGGUAUCUUCCGGAUCCAUCGUCUAGUAUACUACAGUAUUGCGACUAAUACCCCAUGAACCAGAACUAAAACCAGGGACAUCUAAUUACAUAAGAGAUCCUGCUAUGUUAAACCAGCGUUAGAAGUUGAUUAUUCUUCGUUUUCGGGUUUUCAUCAAUCAACAUGUCGGUCAAUGCGGUCCCCCAGGUCUACAUGCCUAUACUAGGCUUCGUGAAAGCCGAACUCGUCGUCAAUUGUGUUUUAGUCUUUCUAGUUUUGACAACUGUCACGUUACGAGUUAUAGGACGACUUAACGGACCGGGACUAGGUUGGGAUGAUUAUAUGGUUAUCUUCGCGACGCCUUUAGGUGUCGGCAUGUUAGCAUGCCAAGGCCUUUUUGCACCUGUAGGAAAUGGUUACGAUUUACCUGAACAUCCAGAACUUGCGGCCAAUAUUCCAUUUAUCCUCCAGUUGACAUUUUGUAUGCAAGUUAUAUAUGUCACCCUAUUAGCAUCAGUAAAAGCGAGCAUGCUGUUCUUCUUCCUGCGCGUUUUCGCCACCCCUUUCAUGCAACGCGCUGGCCGGAUCUGUUUGGUAUUCGUGGCGGCCUGGCUGGUAUCCUACCUCGCCUCCUGUAUUUUCCUCUGCACUCCGAUCUCAGGACAGUGGACUGGUAUUGGCAAAUGCGGUGCAUAUAUCCCCAUGAUUCAAUCGUUGAUUGUGACAAACGCUAUCGGAGACAUUGUCAUCAUGGCGCUCCCGAUGAAAAUUAUUUGGUCUUUACAAACGCGAACGACUGAUAAGAUUGGAAUCACGUCGUGCUUUGCGUUGGGUAUUGCCUGUGUUAUUUGUGCCGUCUUCCGAGUGAUAUACAUUUCCACGGUGGAUCUGAACAGCAAUAUCACAGGCACAAUGCCUACCACGGUUUUCCUCUUCAUCCUGGAGCCCAACCUAGCUAUUCUCUGCGUUAGCAUCCCGAUGCUUCGACCGUUUUGGGUGAGAUACAAGGAAAGCACUCGCGGCGCCUCCAAGAUACGUGAAUAUUCGGAUCAGCAGACUAUUGGAUCUAAAGGCAUGAAAAAUUCCAACCAAAGAAGCAAGAACGCGAAUACCUUGACGGACACCAUGAACAUGACAACUUGGGAGAUGGACGACUACAACCAAGAGGGGAAUAAGUUCGAUACUACGGCGGCUACGUACGCCGAUGAGUCUGGGUCGGAGAAAAAUCUAACCACGUCUCCCCAGUUACCAGGACAAAACGGAAUUGCCGUUGAGACGAAAUGGACUGUCACUCGGAACUAAAAGUUGGGAUGGAGUAUCUUUUAAAGGGGCAUAGAUGAAAGCUUUGAUAGGCACACAGAAUAGCGAAUGUUUGAAAAAGGCUCAGAAAUAGCCACACACCAUUUAUACACGGUACGAUUAUUUAAUCACAAGUCUACGCAAUCUAUAU